AUGUCGAGACCAAGCCAGCCCAUGUUCCAACGCACAUCUUCAGGUACAAAUCUUGCGGAUAUUGGCCCGUCAUCAGUCAAACGAUCAUCAUUCCAGCCUAAAAAUGUCCUUCAGACUCCAGGAAUGACGAGACAAUUUUCUGAUGCAGAGAGGCGAAGCAGCAUCUACAGGCCAAGGCAGUCGACGGUGGGGGGCGUGAACAAUCACCAAGGCUUCUUUCAGACAACGCUGCAGCCUGCCGGUGUGCCAAAGGACCCUCGCCCUCUGAAGGAUAGAUCUUUCCAAAUGAGGAUGGGUCAAGAGUUGAUGGAGUACAUGGCACAGAACGAUUUCGAAAUGCAAAUGAGCCAUACCUUGUCGCCAAAUGUCAUGAAGUCUCCAACCCAAAAGGACUUCAAUUACAUGUUUCAGUGGCUGUACCAUCGCAUUGACCCCGGCCAUAGGUUUUUGAAAAACAUUGACCAGGAAGUCCCGCCCAUCUUGAAGCAGCUUAGGUAUCCAUUCGAGAGGAGCAUUACCAAAAGCCAGCUAGCUGCCGUUGGUGGCCAAAAUUGGAGCACUUUUUUGGGUCUCUUGUAUUGGAUGAUGCAGCUGGUGCAAAUGUUGGAGGGCUAUGCUGCCAACAAGUACGCUGAUGCCUGCCUGGAGGCUGGUGUGGAUGUUAGCGACGACCACAUUAUUUUUGACUUUUUGAGCACGGCGUACAAGGACUGGCUCGCCAUGGACGACGAUACGGGCGAUGACGAUGCCGAACGGAUUCUUGCACCACACAUCGACGCCAUGGCCAGAGCUUUCGAGGAUUCAAACGCCAAGUAUGUUUCGGAGCUUGAAAUGCUCGAGGCCGAGAACGCAAGACUGCACAAGGAAAUUGAAGACCUGGAAAAAGCAACACCUGACCCAGCCGUACUAGAUGAUCAUUUCAAAAUCAUGGAGGAGGACAAGACUAAAUUUGAAGAAUACAACAACUUGGCUCUACAGCGAUCUGAGAAGUACGAGCAUCGCAUUCAGGUUCUACAUGAAGAACUGGACAAGGUAGUAGACGAAUUGAAAGAAGUGGAAGAUGAACGAAGAAGCCUUCAAAGGGCGGUUGAUGCACAGGGUAUUAGCAUGCAGGAUAUUGACCGCAUGAACUCUGAGCGCGAGCGCCUGCAGAAGGGCAUUGAAACUGCUAGCCAGAGGCUUGAUGAGAUCAAGAAGAAGGUUGCAGAGAAGGAGUCAGAAGCUGGCCAAAAACUCGAAGAACUUGAGCGCACGGUAGACAAGUACAAUACUCUUGCUUAUCAAAUUGCCGUGAUCCCGGCCACAGCGGCCAAUGCCCGGGGUCGAGAUUAUGAACUGCAACUCACCAUCAACGACAGCUCGGAUUUUACGUCGACCAACCUCAACGCGUCUCGUAAUAUGGCGCCAUCAGCUGAACGUUUAUUAGCCGAUGCAACAACAGGAUACCAAGCCGGCCACAUUCUUAACCUCGAUCUUCGAGGACAAAUUCGAAGCAACUUCCUGAUGCUACGGAAGGAAAUCUCUGAUAGACGAAGUGCGGCCAUGGAAGACAUGAUGAAAGAUCAUGACUUGCUGGACGGUAUCAAGGAGGCCAUUGAGGACAAGCGCAACGAAGUCGAAGCGCUGCAACACCGUGUACGAGCGGCUGGGGAAGAAUACGAAAAGACGAGAGAGGUGACUACGGCCCAGAAAUUGAGUUCGGAUGCACAGAUUGAGAAGAUGGAGAAGGAGUUGUCCAGGAUGCGAGCUGGAUUGUCAGAAUCUGUCCAACUCCUGGAACAACGCGAAAUCAACACAACUAUUGAAUACGAGCAGCUUGUCUUGAGGGCAAGCUCUUUGCGCGAGGAGCUGCACACAGAAAUUGAUCGCAUGCUAAAUGACGUAAUCAAGUUCAAAAUACAUGUCCAGAAAAACUUGGAUGACUAUGAGGGUUUUGUGGCAGAUGAACUAGAGAAGGAACUCGGGGUCGAUGAUCACAAGGAUGACACCCGAGGCAUGGAUCUGUGA